AUGCUGCCCGCAGAGGCUGCUACCAGCUUCGACGUCAUCGUCGUAGGCGCAGCCCAGCGUCUGCUUCAAGCACAUCCCGAGACACGGCUAGCAAUUCUGGAGCGCGACUACUGCGUGGGAGGAGUAUGGAGUGAGCGACGAAUCUAUCCUAGCUUUUGGACACAAUGGACACACGGCGUUGCCGAGUUCUCCGACAUGCCUAUGGAACGGCCACCGGUUGAAGAUUGUAUGUAUGACUUGUUCCGUGCCAAAUAUACAACAAAGUAUCUUGAAGAUUAUGUCCACAACAUGAGCCACGCCGGACAGACGUUGCGAGAUAGAAUACAGUUCAACACUCACGUCGAGUCCAUCAAGAAGGUCAAUGGCCAAUGGGAAAUCCUGUGCGUUGGCACGAUUAGCAAGUCUCGGCGAUCAAUCUUCUCCUCGAGACUCAUGAUGGCAAAUGGCCAAUGUUCGGUCCCCAAUAUACCCAACUUCCCUGGAAAGGAGCAUUUCCGUGGGAAGAUCAUCCACUCGAUCGACUUUGGCCAAUGCGACGUCGUCCAAGAUAAGUCGAUCCAGCAUGUUGCUGUUAUUGGCGCGGGCAAGUCGGCUGCCGAUAUGGUGUAUGAGGCAGUCAAGGCGGGCAAAACCGUAUCGUGGAUUAUUCGCGAAACCGGAAACGGCUCGCUUGGAGCUGCAGCCUUCGCGCCUAUCGACUUGCCCACGCCGUACAAAAACGGAGGCGAAGCAUUGCAGGCAAGGAUCAUGGCAUCGUUACAGCCAUGUUACCUGACUCCUCACCGAUCGUGGUGGACAUGGCUUCUCCACAGCACCAACCUGGGCGCGAAGCUCGUCAGUAAGAUCUUUUCACUUCUGGAUAAAUCAGUCCGAGAAUAUGCUGGUUAUCGGGAGAGAAAGAGUGACAAAGGGUUUGAAAAGCUAGAAUACGACAAUGAUAUAAUCUGGCAGAACGGAACCGCUGGAGGCUGUCACUUCGCAGAUUUCUGGCCCCUUGUCGCGGAGAAGGUCUAUGUAUAUCGCAGCGACGUGAAGCUUCUGGACGGAAACGAACUGUAUCUCAACGACGAGAACGGCACUCAUUUCCCUUGCGAUGCUGUCCUGUGCGGCACAGGCUGGAAAGGCGGACUUGGCAUGUUCGGAAACCAUACGCUCAUGGAGCUAGGAUUGCCAUAUCCCAAGGAUAUUGAGCCACAAGAGGUAACUGCGAAGUGGGAGAAGCUCGUCGGCAAGGCAGACGAGCAGGUCCUCAGGCGGUUCGUCAUGCUCAGAAAUCCGCCAAAGCACUACCAUAAGUAUGAACCACGAACGCCUUAUCGACUUUAUCACACGAUGGCUCCUGUACACGACGACUCGAUUCUCUUCAUGAACCACGUAGUUGCCGGGGCGAAACUAUUCGCAGCCGAGGCACAGGCUAUCUGGGCAGUAGCCUACUGGGACAAGGCGUUUCCGCUCCCCUCCGUAGCAGAGCGGGAAGAGGACAUCGCGCACAUGAUUGCCUGGAACAAGCGGCGUUAUCUGUCGAACGGCGAGCUUGGAAAUUUUGCUGCCUUUGAUAGCAUUCCGUAUGUAGAUAGGCUGUUUGACGAGAUCGGCGUUACGUCGCAUCGAAAGAAGGGCUGGCUGGGAAAUAUGUUCGCUCCCAUCAUGCCGGCUGACCUGGGCAAGGUGUGGCACGAGUAUCUCGCACGACAAGCCAAGGGGUAG